AUGUCAAGACCAGCACAUUGGCCGCCGCCAAACACGGUAAAUCCCGAAAACAAAGGGCCCAUGAUCGUCGGGGUCUUUAUCGGAUUUACGAUAUUUGCAGUCAUGGUAGUUGGCUUGAGGUUCUGGACGAGAUUGUAUAUCAUUAGGAAUAUUGGGAUGGAUGACUGGUUUAUCCUCGCGGCGACAAUCAACUUAUUGGCUUCGACAGUGACAAACUGCCUUGUCGUCAAAUAUUACAGUUUUGGAAUGCACGUAUGGGAUAUUGUCGCCGAUUAUGGCACUCUCGCAACAAAGAUGGACUUCGCAAACCAACUGGUCUAUCAUCCCAUCCUAGCGCUCACAAAGAUCUCCAUCCUCGUCUUCUACUAUCGCCUCUCGGUAUCCGGUACCUUCCGCCAGGUCGUCAUGGCCCUCAUUGUCACCAACUCAAUCGAGGGAGGGAAAUGCAUCAACACAGAGGCAUUCUUUAUCUCCUCAGCGGCGCUGAAUAUCGUUUCUGAUUUUGCGGUCCUGCUGUUGCCGAUCCCCAUGGUGUGGAAAUUGAAGAUUAAUAUGAAGAAGAAGAUUGUGUUGAUAUUGUUGUUCAGCUUGGGUGGCUUUGUCUGUGCCGUGAGUAUCGUACGUCUGCAAUCCAUCAUCAACAUGUUCAACCCCAACGUAGUCGACCCCACCUUUGAAGCCGGCUUCUUCUGGUCCGGCAUCGAAUGCAGUCUUGCCAUUGUCUGCGCCUCCGUCCCCUCCCUCAAGCCCUUCUUCGCAGUCAACUUCCCCAAGCUCCUCGGCUCCUCCCUUGGCUCUCGCUACGGCGCAAACUCUCAGGGGAAGAUGUACAAUGGCGGGCAGUCGUCGCGCUCACGCGGACAGGCCUACGCGCUCGGGUCCAUGCAGAACGAUAAGAACACGGCCUAUCACCCGGGCAAGGAUAAUGUCCUGCAGACGACGGUCGUCAAGGGCCCAAAGAGGGAUAACGAGAGCGAGGAGAGUAUCAUACAUGGAGACGGAAUCAUGAGGACGAGAGAUGUACGGGUGGAAGUGGAGAGUCUGAACAGUAAUGAUGGGAGGGCCAUUCCGUAG